AUGAGCAAUCGUCAACUUACUCAUGAAUUUCAACUCGUGGAAGAUAUCCGUAUUCAUUACAUCACGGCCGGAAAUAUAGGCCGCUCAAAGAAGCCAAUUAUUUUACUUGCUGGUUUCCCACAAAGCUGGUAUGCGUGGCGCCACUUGAUAGCCAAAAUCGAGCAUUUAAAUCUCAUCGCCAUUGACCUACCAGGGCAAGGCGACUCCGAUAAACCUGCGGAUGGCUAUGACACCUUAACAGUGGCCAAAAUCGUCCAUGGAUUGAUUCAAAAACUAAAGAUAUCCCGGUAUUUUCUCGCUGCUCAUGAUGUGGGCGCGUGGGUUGCAUUCACGUACGCUUUGAUGUUCAGUGAGGAAGUCGAAGCAUUGGCUUUGCUGGACGCCGGAAUUCCAGGCGUCACACUCCCAAGCAUGGUUCCCACAAGCUCUGACAGCGCAUGGCGCACAUGGCACUUCCCGUUUUAUGCCGUUCCUGACCUGCCCGAACUUUUGAUUCGUGACAGAGAGCGUGUUUAUUUGGAAUGGUUCUUGAAGCGUAAGGCAGCUAAUCCAACAGUCUUCACUGAGGCUGACUUGGACGAAUACGAGCGCAUUUUGAUGCAGCCAGGGGCGUUACGUGGAGGUCUGGCUUACUAUCGAGCACGCGAGAAGUCCGCUCAACAAAAUAGAGAUCUACUCGAUGAGGGCAAGACUUUACCCCCUUUGCUUGCGGUUUCAUCAGACCAGGGAUCUAUUCCUAGCAUGGCCAAGUCUCUAGAGGCGUUUUCGAAGAGGAUAGUGGAUGUCACCAUUGAAGAUUGCGGUCAUUUCAUUGCUGAAGAAAAGCCUGAGCAGCUGGCCAGCGAACUGGAAGCCUUCUUUCGUAAAUUUAUCGAACGUACUUUCUACCAAUAA